AGAGAGCGUGUGAGAGUGUGUAGGUGGAUUGGGUAAGAAAUGCUUUUGACAUUCACUAAAAAAGCGACAAAGGUCUGACAUCAGCAGAGAGCAGGGUAAUGGAGCCACAACAGAUCAGAGAGGGAUACUUGGUGAAAAAGGGUACAGUGCUAAACUCCUGGAAGGUGGUGUGGGUGGUGCUGUCAGAUGAUGGGGUGGAAUUCUAUAAAAAGAAAACAGACAGUUCUCCAAAAGGAAUGAUCCCACUAAAGGGAGCCACGCUCAUCAAUCCUUGCCAGGAUUUUGGCAAGAGGACACUGGUUUUCAAGAUCACCACAGAGAAGAAGCAGGACCACUUCUUCCAAGCCUCACAUGUGGAGGAGAGAGAGUUUUGGGUGAAGGACAUGAAGAGAGCCAUUACCUGCCUACAGGGGGGAAAAAAGUUUGCCAGGAAGUCCACAAGACGCUCCAUUCGCCUGCCUGAAACGAUCAACCUAGCUGAGCUGUACACCCUGAUGAAAGACCAGGAUGAUGGAGUGAAAGAGUUAAAAAUGGAGCAGGAGAAUCGAGUCUUCAACCACUGCUUCACUGGUGCGACAGUGGUAGAGUGGCUGAUUUCAAAGGAGAAAGUAAGAAAUAGGCCCGAGGCCCUCAUGUUAGCAACAGGGCUCCUGAAUGAGGGUUUUCUCCAGCCUGCGGGUGACCUGUCAAAAGCAGGAGCAGAAAGUGGAGAGCAAACGGCCUUCUUAGAUGAGUCAAAUGCUCUUUAUUACUUUGCAGACAGUGGGUUCUUCUGUGAAGGCUACUCCAGCGAUGAAGAUGUGCUUAUGAAGGAAGAAUUCAGAGGAAACAUCAUAAAACAGGGCUGUUUACUUAAACAGGGACAUAGAAGAAAAAACUGGAAGGUGCGAAAGUUCAUACUGCGGGAUGACCCUGCUUAUAUGCAUUAUUAUGAUCCUGCAAAGGGUGAUGAGCCUCUGGGCUCCAUCCAUCUCCGUGGGUCUGUGGUGACAGCUGUGGAGCAUGUGCCUGAUGCCAAAAAAUAUGACGUUGAUGGCAACCUCUUUGAGAUCAUCACCUCAGAUGAAACUCACUACUUCCUCCAAGCUGCUACGGGCGAAGAAAGAAAGGAGUGGAUCAAAGCGGUGCAGGCAGUGUCAAAAAGUGGAAAAUAAAAGGAGCAGUGCAGCUGUGGAAUAUGUGCCAGUCAUAGUGGAAACUCUUGAUUGUAGAAAAGCACAUUUGAAACAUCUAUAAUUACAUUUAACAGUGUGCAGGCUAAGUACAAUUGAAUUAUUAUCAUAAUGUAGUGCUAAAUCAUUAGCUAGCUAGUUUUACUCCUCUAUACACUAUCAAACUAAUGUUAUGAUGUUUUGUGUAGUAACUAAUUAAAGAGAAAUAAAGUUAAAGUCUAAAGUUUAAAUUUAUAAAGUUUUAUCACCAAUGUCUAAUUUUAUUUUAGUAUACAAAUGAUAUCACAAUACCAUGAUGUGUGGCAAUAUAUUCUUAAAUCAGUAGCACUUUACAUUCCAGCUCAGUCAUUACAAGGUAAUAAGCUAUAUCUUGGAACAACAGGUGAUAACAGGGUGGCAACAGGGUGGAGUAUUAGUACUAGGGCUUAUUUUGCAUAAUAAGUCAAUAUUAUAGCAUAAACAUUAGAGUAACGCUGGAAAUCUUGAUGAAAAUAGAACAAACUAUCAGUAGUUACAUGGUAAUAACAAGUUAGCAGUAGGUCUCUGCUCACAAUAAUCUGGUUAUUUCAGGCUUAAAGUCUAUCAAUAAAAAUGUGGUAACAUCACUGUGUAAAAUCAUUUUAGAGACAGUGGUAAUUUGGUUAAUGAUAAUACUACUAAUAAUACCCACACAAUAAUAGUAAUAAUGGUGUAAAGAUAUUUUGGUCCUUAUUACCUUGAAAUAUUAUUAAACUACUUCAGAAAUUAAACCUCAUUAUCAUUGCCAUAAACUAUUAGUUACUGUAUAAUUACAAUGUUAUUACCCAACUGCCCUGUUUUACUCAAGACCCUUUAUUACCUUGGGGUGCUACUGUUAUAUAUUUUCAUGGUCCUAUCUUUUCUCUCAUCCUGGUAUCAUAAAACAUAUUGCAUUGUGUAAAAAGGCAUAUUAUUCUGCCAAAUGUGUUUUUUCUGAUUUCCUCCCUGUUCACUUGUCUUUCUAAAGUCUGCGAUACUUUGAGCUAUCAUACAAGCACACUCAGUUCCUGAGUGUGAACUAAGUCUGAAUCAUAUCUCGCCUUCACAAUUCAGUGUCACUUUGUGGCUUACAGGCCUGCUGCAUCUGUGAGAGAAUUUAUCAGUGACAGAAGUGGCUGCCUUGAGCUAGAGUGUGAUUGCAUUAAAAUACUUCUGUUAAAGCUGGGGUUUGAAAUUUAUUUCAGAAACCUUUUCUGUUAUAUUUGUUGAAAUUCUCUAAAAGAUCUGAUAUCUGUUGCUGUCACAGGACUCUUGAAAUGAUUGUUUUAUGUCCCAGUCAGCAUUAGACAGACUGAACUGAAGAGCAGCCCCUGAUUGGUCAGUCCAGCAUGUGACCUCCUGCUAAAACAUAAUUUCCUGAUUCAGCUGUUGUUUUUACUUUUAAAGUGGCAUGGUUUGAUUUGCUCAGGAGAGACUGCAGGUUGCACACCCAUCGGAGGUUACUGCCAUGAUGAGGGCUAACAAGCCUAAAGGCUAACAAGGGCAUCAUGCAGGCAGCUCAGUGUCCUUCUGUUGUGAAUUGUAGAACAUACUAAAGAUGACUGAGGUAAACUCCCGGGGAAGAUACAAUGGGCGACAUUUGGUGGUCAGCUUCUACAGGUUGGGUGAACAGCUUGUGAGAGAGUCUGCUGCACUGUCCAUGCGAUGAACCUGUAAGGCAGGGUGUUACAGCCCUGUAUGUCUCUCUGGUACUUUAUCCAAUUUGUUCUGUAGAGACUGGACGUUGGCUAGUAGGAUGUUGGGCAAGGGUGUACGAUGUGCCUGGGACCUCUGACUGCUCCUGAUGCCUGAUCAUUUCUCUCUGUGCUUUCUUUGGGACUUUAUUGAAUCUUUUAGUGUCUGCAUGUCGUUUAUGAUGAUAGCUAAGGUGAUGGGUGCAAAAGAAUUAAAUAAAGUGCAUAAAAAUACAUAAACACAAAGUCUGAACGGAGCAGGCACAGCAGCUGCAGUACCCCCUGGCAACAAUUCAGGUGCACUCACUUUCGGUACCUGUAAAUAAAAUGGUUUAUAGCCUCUC